CUUUGAAGAAAAAAAGAUGCAAUUUCUCGGAACUGACUAAUAUCCCAACAUAUUCUGGUAGUACAAAUUUACUAAUAAGCCUUUGUUUAAUUCAAGAUUCAGAAACAAAAAGCCAUUUCGGAGUACUAGAAUAUGCUGACAAUGGAAAUCUUCAUGAUUUUCUGUCUAAGCAUAAAAAUUUGGAGUGGACUAAGAAAAUACAAAUCGCGAUAGAUGUAGCUGAUGGUUUAAAAUAUUUACACAACACAGUAAACAUGAUUCAUCGAAAUUUGCGACCAACAGCGCAAGAUGCGUAUACUAAACUUACCCAGAUUGAGAUAAAUUUGCUAGAACCACGCAAUAUAAAUGGCGAGAAAAUCGUAAAUUCUGAACAGAAUAUGAAUGUAAAUGAACAGAAUAUAAAUGAAUCUUGUCCAGCAUCACCAGCAAAAUCUUUACAUUCGCGUGAUACACGGAAAAACUCAACGUUAAAAUACUUGGGAUGUUAUACCGAAACAUCGAUCCCCGUUAUCGUCGAAAUAACUCACACUACCUUCUUAAUUGUUGACUAUCCAGAUACAAAUAUGUCAAAAAUCAUUGAAUACAACCGUUUUAGUGAUCCUGAAAAAAUUGGAGAAGGAGGUUUUGGAAUUAUUA